ACCCCUCCUCUCUCUCUAUUCUCUAACAUUCCCUCCUACCACGCCUCUCUCUUUCUCCCACACACAACUCCCAACUACUUCUUCCACCACCCACCAAAACCCUCCCAAUCACACAAUGGAAGACUCAUCAAACCCUUCCAACGUCUCCUCCGAGGCCGCCGGCGAUGUUGCCGCCAUAAUACUCGAAAACCGCCAGUUCGUCAUGGUGCUCACCACCUCCGUCGCGAUUCUCAUAGGCUGCGUCAUCGCUCUUGUAUGGCGAAGAUCCAGCUCACACAAGCCCAAGCCUGUUGAGCUUCCCAAGCGCGUCAUCGAGAGGGAGCCCGAGCCUGAGGUCGACGACGGCAAGAAGAAGGUCAGCAUCUUCUUCGGCACACAGACCGGUACCGCCGAAGGGUUCGCCAAGGCCAUUGCCGAAGAGGCCAAAGCUAGAUACGACAAGGCCACCUUCAAAGUCCUUGAUUUGGUAAAUAAAUUAGAUAGCGGAACCUAUCAAUUUAGCUCUCAUGAUAUAGAAACAUAUGGUGAUGGUGAGCCAACUGAUAACGCGGCUAGGUUCUAUAAAUGGUUUACGGAGGGAAGUGAGAGAGGAGAAUGGCUUCAGGAUCUUCAGUAUGGUGUCUUUGGCCUUGGAAACAGGCAGUAUGAGCAUUUCAACAAGGUUGCAAAGGAGGUUGAUGAUAUUCUUACUGAGCAAGGUGCAAAGCGUCUUGUCCCAGUGGGACUUGGAGAUGAUGACCAAUGCAUUGAAGAUGACUUCACUGCAUGGAAAGAAGAUCUGUGGCCAGUAUUGGAUCAAUUGCUCAGAGAUGAGGAUGAUACAACUGUAUCUACCCCUUAUACUGCUGCUGUUUUGGAGUAUCGGGUUGUUAUUCAUGAUCCAUUAGAUGCAGCUGCUGAGAAGUGGCAUAAUGUUAAUGGUCAUGCUAUUGUGGAUGCUCAACAUCCAGUCAGGGCAAAUGUGGCUGUGCAAAAGGAGCUUCAUACUCCUGCAUCAGAUCGUUCUUGCACUCAUUUGGAAUUUGAUAUUUCUGGCACUGGAGUUGCAUAUGAAACCGGUGACCAUGUUGGUGUCUACUGUGAGAAUUUGUCUGAAACCGUAGAAGAGACCUUAAGGUUACUAGGAUUGUCACCAGAUACCUAUUUCUCUGUCCAUACUGAUAGUGAAGAUGGGAAACCAAUUGGAAGCUCAUUGCCACCACCGUUCCCUCCAUGCACUUUAAGAACAGCAAUAGCCCGAUAUGCAGAUGUAUUGAGUUCCCCUAAAAAGUCGGCCUUGCUUGCAUUGGCUGCCCAUGCUUCUGAUCCAUCUGAAGCUGAUCGACUAAGACAUCUAGCCUCCCCUGCUGGAAAGGAUGAAUAUGCUGAAUGGGUGAUUGCCAGUCAGAGGAGUCUUCUUGAGGUUAUGGCUGAAUUCCCGUCAGCCAAACCUCCACUUGGUGUAUUUUUUGCAGCAGUUGCUCCUCGCCUGCAACCAAGAUAUUAUUCUAUCUCAUCAUCUCCAAGGAUGGCUCCAUCAAGAAUUCAUGUUACAUGUGCACUAGUACGUGAUAAAAUGCCCACUGGAAGGAUUCAUAAAGGAGUCUGUUCUACUUGGAUGAAGAAUUCUGUGCCAUUGGAGAAAAGUCAGGACUGUAGUUGGGCUCCUAUCUUUGUUAGGCAGUCUAAUUUCAAACUACCUGCAGAUAAUAAGGUUCCUGUAAUCAUGAUUGGCCCCGGCACUGGAUUGGCUCCUUUCAGGGGUUUCUUGCAGGAAAGAUUAGCUCUAAAGGAAGAAGGAGUUGAACUUGGCCCCUCCGUCUUAUUCUUUGGAUGCAGGAACCGACAAAUGGACUACAUCUAUGAGGACGAAUUGAACCACUUUGUUAAUAGUGGCGCACUUUCUGAGCUCAUUGUUGCCUUUUCACGUGAGGGACCCAGUAAGGAAUAUGUCCAACAUAAAAUGAUGGAGAAGGCUUCGGAUAUUUGGAGCAUGAUAUCUCAGGGAGCUUACAUUUACGUGUGCGGUGAUGCCAAGGGCAUGGCUAAGGAUGUACACCGUACCCUUCACACAAUCUUGCAAGAGCAGGGUUCUAUGAACAGUUCCAAGGCUGAAAGCAUGGUGAAGAACCUACAGAUGAAUGGCAGGUAUCUGCGUGAUGUAUGGUGAAGAUCUCCAAUGGUAGAAGAACAAAAAUAACAAAAUAUAAUAUAUGAGUCAUUGGUAGAAUAUGUUGGAAGGGCCUAUUUGCGACGCCUUCCAUUAGUGCCCUCAAAUGGGGGAACUACGGUUCUGUUGUCAUCACUACAACAGUUCCUAUAUUCUUUUUCAUGUAUUCUUUUUUCUUUCUUUCUUUUUCUUUUUUUUUGGGCUUUUCGGUGUAACUUAUAUAUUCUGUUUAUACCUAGACUAUUGAAAAACGCAUAUUAUUUUUUCUUCUA